CUAAUAAAAUCUUAUGUACUAAAAUACGUAAACACGUUUAUUGAAAAUGAAUUUCGUGAAGUGAAACAUGUUAACAGAAUUCUAGAUGUAAAAUCUGAUGAGACUUGCUAUAUCAUUGGGACUGUCUACAUGGAUAUGCAAUUUAAACCGAAUAUUCUUGACGACGUGACAAAAGAGCAUUGGGUCAUUGCUCCACCACCUCGUCCAAAAUAUUGCAGUACGGAUGACAAGAUCCUUCUGGAAGAUGAAUCCGGAAGGAUUAAGUUAACGGGCGAAAUACUGAGUCAAGAAAUUAUUGUCACAGGCUUGAUAAUGGCAGUUUUAGGAAAAGAAAAUGCAGAAGGGGAAUUUGAAGUGUAUGAUUUAUGCUUUGCCGGAAUCCCUUAUCAACCUGGUCUAAUUAAAGCACCUAUAGACGAUGACAAAUACAUUGCCCUAGUAUGUGGAUUAAAUAUUGGAGAAAGUAAAUCGGCACUACAGUUACAGAUGAUGAUAGAGUAUCUCAUGUGUGAAAUUGGAAGUUCAUCUGAGCAAUAUUUUUCUUCAAAAAUAGCUCGAUUAAUAAUUGCAGGUAAUAGUUUACCCGAAGCUAAGUUAGUGGAUGACGAUAAAAAGCAGAAAAAGUAUGGAUAUGAUGGAUCGAUAUAUAAUGCCGAGUUAUGUUCGGAAUUAGAUAGUAUUCUUGACGAAUUGUGUUCUACGGUUCCUGUUGAUUUAAUGCCAGGAAGCAAUGAUCCAACUAAUCUAUCUUUACCGCAACAACCUAUAAUAUCCAACUUAUUGCCCAAAGCUAAUAAACACUCAAAUUUCCGCCGUACAACAAAUCCCUAUUGGUGUGAAUUGGACGGCUUCUUGGUACAUCUGGUCAAACAAUCGAUGAUAUAUGCAAAUAUGUUGAUAGUGAUGAUAGGCUUAAAUUCGCAGAGCAAACAUUACAUUGGAGGCAUCUCGCCCCUACGGCUCCAGAUACUCUUUGGUGUUAUCCUUAUCAAGACAUAG